CCUACCGUGACCGAACCGGGCCACCGUCAUGGGAACAACCUGUCUCGAUGGCCUUGCACGCGUGACGUGGUCUCUGAUGACGGGGCCGAUAUUUUUGGGUCCCAGUCACUGAGAGAAAUCGCCGCAGUUGGAAUCGUCCCACCUUCGCCGCCCACAGGACUCCCAAACUCCACCUACGGUGUGAGGGCCCACGUAUGCGAACCAUUAAUAUUUGAUUUGGUCACCGUGCCGGUUCCAGAACGGGGACGUGUAGACGGGCUUCUUAGGAAAGCGGUGUUAUCGAGUGAUUUCAUUCUCGCGAAGCGACGCGCGAAUCGAGCCCCUCGAGGGAAUUGAGACGAGGGCGCAAACACUCCGGGAACUCGAGAACCUCGCCGACCACGGAAACCCUCCGUCGGGCCCCCCAGCGAUGAAGCAGCUCGUCUCACGCAAACAAAAGCCAUUGGUCCUUUUUCUAACGUCUCUUUUUUAGGUGUCUCGAUCCUGAACUGACCGAAGCAAAUCUCGAAUCUACGCCAGUGAACGGACGAGAUUGGUCUCCAGAUUCCACACGUACGAUGGGUUUGUUGUACGCAUAGGAUAUCACAUGCGGACGCACAGCAGCAGACGAUAUAUAUAUAGAGGAGCGGGAGGACCCGUCGAGACCGAGGCGGAGAAGAGGAAGGGAAAAGAAUAGAGGAAGGCGAAGACCCCUCCGUAAACCCUACCUCUUCUCGAUUCCUACCAUCUUCGGUCGACCUCCGGCUACCCGCUCGACGGCGGAUUGGAUCCAAUUGCGUCGCCGGAUGUCGCGGGAGGUUUUGUAGAAUGGGACUGGAGUCGUCCGGCGGGUCUCCUCGGCUGGAGAAUCGGGCGAUCGACUCCUUUCGCUCUCUGCUUCGACCGAUCGGACGUUAGCGACGCGAUACACAUCGCUGGUGGAGUUAUGGAUGGGGGAGGGAUUGGAAAGAACAAGCCGCAGGCGUUCCGUCCUUGUGAAUCGUCGCAAUCUUCCUCCGGACCCUCUCUGGUUUUCGGCGAAUCUUGCGCGACUGCGAAACGAUCUCUAGUUGAAAAGCUAACCAAAGGCAUAGUUGAAACAUACCGCAAAUGCAACCCUGGUUUCAAGUACUCUAAUGCAUCGAACUGGAAGCGCUUCCUUACAAAUCCUUCUACUGGAGUGAAAAAUGAUGGCUAUGACAAUGCAUAUUCAGAUCUUAUUUUGUACGUAAAUCUUGUAUUGUGUUCAGGCUCGAAACAGAGGUACAUUGUUAAAGACAUACUUGGCCAAGGUACAUUUGCUCAGGUUGCUAAAUGUUGGGACAUGGAGACCAACAAGUAUGUUGCCAUUAAGAUUAUCAAAAAUCAGCCUCAGUAUUAUCGACAUGGAGUAUUUGAAGUCCAUAUUCUGUCAAUGCUCAAUCAAAAGCUUGAUCCUGAUGAUGAGCAUCACAUUGUGCGCAUGCUUGACUAUUUUUUAUUUCAAAAUCAUCUUUGCAUUUCGUUUGAAAUGCUUGGGUCAAAUCUGUAUGAGCUAAUAAAAGAAAAAAAGCAUAAUGGAUUUACAUUGGAUGUCAUACAAGACUUGUGUAAGCAGAUCUUGGAUGCAUUAAUCAUCACAAGAUAUGCUGGUAUUAUCCAUUGUGAUUUGAAGCCAGAGAAUAUCCUUAUAUGUACAAGUGAGAAACCACAAAAAAUUAAAGUAAUUGAUUUUGGGUCGGCUUGCUUCAUGAGUAAGACAAUAUACACAUACAUUCAGAGUCGUUAUUACAGGUCUCCAGAAGUUCUCCUUGGCUACCCAUAUACAAUUGCCAUUGAUAUGUGGUCACUUGGGUGCAUUGUUGCUGAGUUGUACUUGGGUUUCCCUUUGUUUCCUGGGGAGUCACAAUUUGAUGUUCUAAAGAGGAUGACUGAAAUACUUGGUGAUCAGCCUCCUGAUAAUCUCCUUAGGAAUGCAACCAAGACAAAUAAUUUCUUUAAACAUGUUGGUAGCAUAAACCAGUUGGUGGAUGACCAGUCUGUCAAGAUAAACAGCAGCGCUUACCAAAUUCUAAAUGAAGAGGAAUUUGAAAUUAGGGGAUUAAAAAGGCCAAAGAUAGGAAAAAAAUAUUUCAGUUUUGUGAAACUUGAAGAUAUCGUUGCAGAAAAAGCUUACAGGAAAAACUUGCCAGAUGAACAAUUUGACAAAGAAAGUGCAAUGUGCUUGGCAUUGGUUGAUUUCUUAAGGGGCCUUCUUGAGUUUGAUCCUGCCAAACGAUGGUCACCUUUGCAGGCUUCACACCAUCCAUUUGUUACUAGAGAACCCUUUUUGUUCCUUUACAAACCUCUUCCAGAGACUCCACUCACUCCAGUUUCUCAUGCUCUUCAAGUGGAACAUGAUCCGAGGCAAGGACACCAGCUAGCAGCUGGUCUCUCUCCAGAGGUUGCAAGUAUUAACAAAUAUCUUCCACAGAAUAGCUCUAAGGUUUUACUGGCGCCUUCAUCCUAUGAAAGUAGUUAUGGCAGCUCAGAAAGCCAUGGAAGCUAUAAUUAUAGUGCUAGUCUUGGAAGUGGUUGCAGAAGUUAUUCAUUAAAAAAUAGCAUGUUGGAUUACUCACCAGUCCAUUCUUCCCUUUUCCAAAGUGCUAAAACAGGGGGAUCUGUCCUUGGUGUUAGUGCGGAUGCUAGACAUGUUCCAGUCUGUCAUGGGAAUGGUUUUGGUGUAACUCCUAGUUACAAUUUCUGGCCAACGUCCCUAGGAGCCAGCCCCUCUCAAUUUACUUAUCCAAGCUUGAAAGUCCAAGAAUCAAAAAUGUUUCAAGGAGAGUAUGCUUGCCAUUCCCCAGCAGAAGGCAGCUUUCAUGAUUUUCCAUGGGGCAAAGCUUCUAAAUUUGUUAGAGAAGGCAAACAUGCCUAUAAUGGAUCGUUGGGUAUUCAACCUCAUGAAAAUUCAUUCAAGUACUAUCAUGGCCUUUGUGAUGAUGAGACGAGCUCUAGUUAUGAAGACUCAAAUCAUCAAAGAUUUAAGUGUCAUGGGACAAGCCUGAAUCAAGUUACUUACCAUUUGGUCCUGGAGAUUGGGAUCCCAAUUAUAGGGUUUGACAGUGUUAUCUGCCUUGGUUGCUCAAUCGAUUUGAGUAAUCAAACAAGUGGAAUUGGUACUUCCCCCUUGAACCAUCAACAGGCACUUGUGGGCUCAAAUUAUAUGUAUGCAGAUGCAAGGAAUCCCCCUGUUAUUCAGGGCUUGCACGGUGGAUAUGCACAUCCGGUGUCUCUUCCACAUUCUGUAUCUCAAAGUGCACAAAACACACCCAGGCAUUUUGGACAACAGUAUUUUCAGCAAUUUAAUCACCCGCAUACAAUGCAUACUCAUAAUCUGUGGAAUCAUCAGAAGGCGCAGGGGAGAUAGAUAGGUGGACUAUCAUUUGCCGCAAUAUUACACUAUUCCUGAACGGGACGGAGUGUUUCCGGCGGAAGAGAUGGCGCUGUCUGUCUGUCUGUCUGUCUCUUGCAACCGAUAUCGGAUGGUCCUGGACAUCCAGUUUGUGUUUGAAAGUAUAAUUUUUCUUUCCCGUACCUUUUUUUUAAAAAAAAAAUCUCUGGCUGUUGUUAUCUUGUUUGCUCUGAUGGGGUUGUCAAGGAAAUGCUAGAGAUGAAUCUCCCACCACAUUCUUUAUGUUAUUCUUACCUUGAAUAACAGAAAAAAGGUGCCGUAUGUUUGGAACUUGGAAGCCAACAUAUAUGUCCAAUAUCUCCACCUUAAAUUGUAUUUGAACAUUGUUGGCUUUGGACCUGUUUAAUAAAUGCCUCCAACCCCACCUAUACAACUUGUAGUUUUACCGAGACAAGAAUUAGGAUAUAUAUGUAUUGCAGGAAAUUGAACUUCAUUUAUUACAAUGUAGCUCUUCUAACCAA